CACACACACACACACACACACCGGAGGACAGGCUGACGAGGACGUGAACUGAAGACCAACCGGUCUCCGCACAUUUCAGACCGCGGGACGUAGCAGACAGACGCCGGUCUCCAUGUCUUCUGUGUCGGUGUCCUCUCAGGAGGGGCGGAGCAUUUCCAGGAUGUCUGUGAGCCGCUCGCCCGUGUCGCCAAUGACCCCACAGGGCAUCCCGUCGCCCGCCCAGCUCACCAAGGCCAACGCCCCCGUCCACAUCGAUGUGGGGGGGCACAUGUACACCAGCAGCCUGGCAACCCUCACCAAGUUCCCAGAGUCCAGGAUCAGCCGUCUGUUUAACGGCACAGAGCCGAUCGUGUUGGACAGUCUGAAGCAGCACUACUUCAUCGACAGGGACGGAGACAUCUUCCGUUACAUCCUGAGCUUCCUGCGCACCUGCAAGCUUCUGCUGCCUGAAGACUUCAAGGACUUCCCCCAGCUCUAUGAGGAGGCCCGGUUCUACCAGCUGACCCCGAUGGUGCGUGAGCUGGAGCGCUGGCAGGCGGAGCGAGAGGGGCAGCGGGCGCCGGCCUGCGAGUGCCUGGUGGUCCGAGUUACCCCGGACCUGGGCGAGAGGAUCGCGCUGAGCGGAGAGAAGGUCCUGAUCGAGGAGAUCUUCCCCGAGACCGGAGACGUCAUGUGCAACUCCGUCAACGCCGGCUGGAACCAGGACCCCACCCACGUCAUCCGAUUCCCACUCAACGGGUACUGCAGACUCAACUCUGUGCAGGUCCUGGAGCGACUGUUUCAGAAAGGCUUCGUCAUGAAGGCGUCCUGCGGCGGUGGCGUCGACUCGUCACAGUUCAGCGAGUACAUCCUUUGUCGGGACCUGCGGCACAGUCCGUCAGUCACCAGUAUCCCGAUCCGGAUCAAACAAGAGCCUCUGGACUGAUCCCGAUCCGGAUCAUACAAGAGCCUCUGGACUGACCCACAUCUGGAUCAAACAAGAGCCUCUGGACUGACCCUGAUCUGGAUCAAACAAGAGCCUCUGGACUGACCCACAUCUGGAUCAAACAGCUGGAUCCUGCAGAUGCCAAUUCAGAAAAUUUCCAGGAAAACAAACUUUGAUCUUUGACCCUUCGCCGAACAUUAAAAUCUACUUUUGAGUUUCAGUUUGGAACACAUUUUUUUUCAUUUGAUGACCGUGAUGAUGAUGAUGAUGAUGAUAAAACUGCCAGCUGUAAAUAUUUUCUAAUAAUCUGCCCGGUGAUUAUUGUUCUGUGUAUACAGAUGAUCGAAAGGUGAUUUUUACGGAUAAUGUAAUUGUUUUUAUAAAAACUGAAAUUGAAUGAAUGAAUAUUUAAUGUAUUUGUUAGCUUGUGUCUAUUUUUCAUUGGUACAGAUGUAUUGAUUAAAAAGUUAAAACGGU